AUGUUGUCCUUCGUAGAUUACCUAUACGCCGAAGAGCCACAAACAAUGGCCGAACUACAACACAAACUGACGAGCUUUAUUAGAAUCGAAGAAGGAAGAGCUCAUUAUAAAGGCAAGGAGAGCGAAUCAAGAGGGCAUAUUAGGAGGGAGGGUAUAAAUCGGGGGAUCCAAAGGAGAGAGGAACGACCAGUCGGGCCAAGAAGGAUGGAGCAACCUCGACUCUUGCAACGCGUCCACCAUACACCUCUUAAUGCCCCUUGUACUAGGGUGAUGGAAGAAGCGUUAAGAGCCGAUUUAUUGAAGGCAGUUCGAGCUCCCACACCUUUGGGAGCUGAUGAAAGCAAAUAUUGCAGGUACCACCAAAACAGAGGUCACACUACGGAAGACUGCAAUACCUUGAAGGAUAAACUGGAAAAUCUUAUUCAAGCUGGACAUUUGCAAAAAUUUGUGCAACGUCGUCAGACAUGCACACAGAACGGUGCAACUCACCAAAGUGAGAAAAGAAAUAGACGGGAUCAAAGUAGAAGCAGAAGCCGAAGCAGGGAAAGGGUGACAAGAGGCAUUAUAAAUACCAUCUCUGGCGGGUUCGCAGGAAGUGGCCCAUCGGUAUCAGCUCGUAAAAGGCAUUUACGAAAUUUGCAUCAUGUGAAUCAAACGGGAAUAGAUAGAAAAUCUAUGCCUGUGAUCUCCUUUUCACACGAUGACUUCCAUGCUCCAGAUCCUGAUCAAGAUGACCCAAUGGUAAUAGUUGCCAUGAUCGCCCCGUACCAGGUGGGAAAGGUAUUGACCAAGGAAGCUCGGCCAAUAUUCUAUAUUGGAGGACGUUUACGCAAAUGGAUAUACCAGAGGGAGCUAUCCAACCUUUUAAUGAGCAGAUUGUAG